AUGCCCAAGAAAUCCCACUCCCAGAAACAACAACAGCAACACCAGCAACAACAAGCAUCCCAAGACACCUCAUCCUCCAAAAUGCCCCCCUCCCCCAAACCCACCAACGUCGACCCCUCCGCUCCGUCGUCGUACGCCAACGUAGCCCACGUCGACCAGCACACGCCGCACGACGUGCCGCCGUCGCCGCCGCAGAGCACCAUCGACGACGAGAAGGAGCGGCUGCAGCAGCAGGGGUACGAGCUGGUGGGGCGGGCGAUCGAGGCGUACCCGCCGGGCAAGUCGUACGCGACGGGCAUCGAGGAGGCGCCGCUGACGCUCGAGCACUCGCCCUACAUCCCCGGCGACAACGAGCCGCUGCUGGACCCGGGCACGGCGCGCGCGACGACGGCCGCCAGUAAAGAAGCGCCGAAUGGGACGGUCGAUGGUGGGUGGGCGAGGAAGCAUCAGGAUAAGACUGUCCUCCAACAGCACGUCCACUACUUCGACGCGGACCAAGACGGCGUCAUCUGGCCGCGCGACACGUACAUCGGGUGCCGGAAGUGGGGGUGGUCGCUGCCGCUGUCGGCCAUCGUCGCGGCCAUCAUCCACGGCGCGCUGUCGUACCCGACCGUCCCCUCUAUCGUGCUGCCCGACCCCUUCCUGCGCAUCUGGGUGGCUCGCGUGCACAAGCAGAAGCACGGCGGCAGCUCCGACACGUACGACAAUGAGGGCCGCUUCCGUCCGCAGCAGUUCGAGGACAUCUUCGCCAAGUACGAUGAGAACGAUAAGGGCGGGCUGGAUGUAUGGGAUCUGGUGAGGCUGUGGAGGGGGCAGAUGCUGUUGUUUGAUUUCUUUGGGGCGCUGGCGACGGCUUUGGAGUGGUUCGCGGCUUACCUUCUUCUCUGGCCCGACGACGGCAUCUUGCGCAAGGACGAAGUCAGGCGCAUCUACGAUGGCAGCAUCUUCCAGCACAAAGCCGACGAGUAUGCCAGCAAGAAGCGCAAGCAGCAGAAGCAAGGGGGUGCUGGAAGGAACUUGAGGAAGCAGGCUGGCGCUUGGUGGUCUCAGACUUCGGCCAAGGCUGCUUAA